AUUCAUGAAACUGAUCAGAGAUUCAGGAGUGACUUUGACGUACGACGUCCAACCUACGCAGUAUCAUGACUUAACCUACCGCAACGUAACUCGUGGAGCAGUUUUGAAAGUUUUGACUUCUGUUUGCUCCACCCGGCUUGAAUAAAGUGAUACCUUUCAUUGCCGAUAAUUCGUCAGAUUCCAUCUUGCCCAAAAUGUGACAUUUACCAUUAAUGAGCUGUCAUAGAAUAAUAGUUGUUAAUCGUUAUUGGGCGUUUGAAAGCAACCAAAAAUAUCUUCAGACAUGUUAAUAGAAAUAACAGCCAAGCAUCUUCAUUUACGAUGUUCCUUAUUAUCCGGAGACUUUGGAUUUCUAGUUGGUUCACAUACAGUUCUUUAGGUUUCAAUUAUUUGAAUGGCUAUAUGUCUUCGAUGCAUCUUAUGAUUGUGUAAAUACUUUGAUAAAGUACAAUCUGUGUCAUUCGAAUCCUUGGUUUCUGCUUCUUUUAACCUGGAGCAAUGUGCAAGCAAUGUCCUGUGAGGGAUAUGAUGAAUUUUAUUUUUGCCUAAGAAAAGGAAGAACAGGUUAUGAUGGGUGAAGAAUGUCCAAACUGUAGGCAACUGACAAAUGCAUCUUUCUCGAGACUUGUUAAAGAUACUUGUGGACAUACUAAGUGCAGAAUGUGCUUGGUAUAUGAGGAACAGGGCUGUAAAGCCUGUCAAAAUGAACAUCAGAUAAAAACUAUUGGGAACUUUGAUUAUCCACCCGCUACUGCUCAGCUGUCUGGAGAUACAACAUCUCCGGAUAAAGAAACUACAAUAGUCAACGAAGAAGUCAUAUUACCCUUGGAACUUGUAAUAAACAAACUACCAGAUCCCUUUGAAAUUGAGUCCAGUGAAACAAUAAUUAACCCACUCAUAGAAGAGUCAAUACACAUAGAUAGAUUAUCCAUUCAUAAGGAAAUGCCAAAUAUUUGUGAAUCUAUAUCAAAUAACAAUGGCAAUACCCAUGAUACAACCAUACUGCAUAUUCCAAAGAUGGAACCAUUGGAACUAAUUUCCAGUAUCCGCACACAUCUUGAGGAAUCUACAGAUCAACCAAAGGGAAAUGAUUUAUCAGACGUAUCAAAACCUGAAGCAAGGACCAGUGAAUCAGAAAACGUAAAAGUUGACUCCAAUUAUCCAAGCAAGGAAAAGGCACCAAAGAAUAAAAAGCAAAGGAAAUAUCCAGACAGGAGUCAUAUAUCAGUGAUACCAGGUUCACCAGAAAAGUAUAAGUGCGGCGUCUGCGGAAAAAUAUUCCGCAAUAAAAAAGGCAAAUGCUAUCACGACGCCUGUGUUACGGGGAUAAAACCGUAUCAGUGUACAAUAUGUGAUAAAAGUUUUGUUAAGCGUUCUCACUUUGAGUAUCACGAACGAGUACACAGUGGCUACAAACCAUACAAGUGUACUUUAUGCGACAAAGCUUUUCCGCAGAAGAACAAACUGAACCGACACAUGUACUCUCAUAAUAAGGAAAAGCAAUUUAUCUGUACAAAAUGUGGUAAGGGAUACAGUAAAAGGGAUGACUUGAGAAAUCAUUUAAAUCUACAUGCUGGUCUGGCUCCUUACUCUUGCAAAGUAUGCGGAAAAUCAUUCCGCAUGUUAACAAAUUUGAAACGCCAUAUGCACACUCAUUCCAGCGAAAGACCUCAUGUAUGUGAACAGUGUGGCAAAAGUUUCAAGGACAAAUCAUUAUUAGUACGUCAUAAGCGUACCCAUGGAAAAGAUAGACCAUUCUCUUGUGCUCAUUGUGUACGAGUGUUCCUAUCAAAAAGUGAAUUGCGUCGUCAUUUGGCUGUACAUUCGGAUGACAAACCUUUUUCCUGUGAAUUUUGCAAUACUGUCUUCAGGCGAAAGGACAAUUUGAAUCGUCAUAUACGUCAUCAUCAUUCAGAGGAUUCGAAUUACGACUCGACAGCUAAAGAACAAUGUAAACUACCGGAAAAAGAAGCGAAACCAAUAAAACCAAAGCAAACAUGCGUAGCGAAACAGAAGCAGAAACCAAAAAGCAAACCGCGAAUCGCUUUAGUGUCGCUGCCAAAGAGUCCAGCCAAAAUAUCGGUCGUUUAUGUGAAUUCGCGGGAUCAAAUUAAUUCCAGAUUGGAUUCCAUGGGUAACAUAACUCCUAUUAUUAGGACUACCGGUGAAGUCAGUAACGCGGUACCGGUGAUUAAUGGUCCAAUCAGCAUUAAAAAGCUGGAGGAAAAGAGGGAUACCCCGAAGAAGACGUUGACCUACAUGGAGCCAAUGCCAUUGGCUGAGGCAGUCGUGAUAAACAGAAGAAUAGAGGAGAAACUUUAUUCUCAAAAUGUACCAAAUCAUCAUUAUUUUUUUCGAAAUUGUUCAACCCUUGUCGACAGACAACUUCCUAUUCACAAAUUGUCACCGGUUAGACCAAAUCUGCUGGUUAAAAGUCCUUCCUAUAAUAAAACUUCCUUUCCUGAGAAACUCUCCUUCGAAACCAGUGUUGCCUCACGACGUCCUAAUGCACAAAAUCAAAGCAAUUCGCAGAAACAAAGUCAAAGUAACAGUAAUGAAAUUGUUCAACAGCAAAAUACUACUAAGGAUUCAAUUACGAGUAUCCAGGAGGCUGGUUCCAAACACACUCUUCUGAAGAAGAGAGUCAUCCAGGAACUUGAAGAAGGAGCGAUAAAUAUUGGUCAGGGUUAUAGUGCUGUCACUGACUUAAAGAAGAGUAGUUCUAAAACCAUUCAGGCAGAACGGGCUAAUUGUGUUUCUACUAUAACGAAACGUAUGUGUCAAGCAGGUAAUCAUGAAAUGGGUUCAACAAAAAUUAAUUUGGCUGAUGAUAAAGUUUCUAGUAUUACAAAAGUAAGUGAAAUACAUUGGAGACGUAGAACCUCGGAAAUAUUGAAACCGUGCACUGACUAUUCAAAGCAAACUGAGGACUGAAGGUACAAGUGCCAUCGAAAUUGUAAUGUUUGGGAAUUUUACAGGGCGAUUAAGAGACUGGAAUGGAAAAUAUAUUAAAAUUUUAGAGUUAUCUUUGCUGCCAGCAUUAUAAGAGAUAAUUAUCGAUUGAAACAUAUUUGUACAUUGUUCAUUGUGAUAUACUUAUUUAAUAUUUAUUAUGAUUUUUAUAUGAAUUGUUGAUAUGUUUAAUAUGGAUUUUAUUGGCAAUUUUUUUUUAGAGAAAAAAGGGUUUAUUUUUUUAAAAAUACGAAUCUACUGCAAAUGAGUGAAUUGCCUAUUAGUCAAAAGGUUUUAAUGUAAUUAUACUUUUUUAAUUGGCUGUACUAUAUUGGUAAAUUCAAGAAUCUAUAGAUAAUAACUUCAAUUGUGUACUGAAUAACUGUAGGUCCCAAGUUUUAUGCAGUACUGUUAAUAUUAUUUCCAAGCUGGCUUUAUGCAGUGAUAUACAUAUAUAUAUUUGUAUUAUAUAGUAUAUUUGUUAAUAAACAUAGAACGCUAUAUAGCCAAGGUGUCAUUAAAGUAGUACAACCUGGUACAAAACCAUAAUCUUAUCAAUAUAUUUCAAAACUAACAAUUACAGUACCAUAUGUAUAAAUUCUGACUAGUGGCAUAUUAAAAAAUUUUCACAGUU